UGGUAAGGGAUAAGUUCUUCAUUAGAUAAAUGUAGUUGACCUGAUUUUACCUGAUAAGCAAAGCUGACAGAUGAUUAAGCUAGUUAAUGUGGAAUUGAAAUAUUGUAUAUACUCUUUCCCUUAUAUAGGAAAGCUUGUGGGUGAUGAGGAAGGGAAUUAUGCUAAGUACUUGUGUUCAUAAAUGUUGUUGAGAGUCAGAGGCGAUAGAAACAACUAUGCACGGGAUCAAUUAGCCUCAUAUGAUGCAUCUCUUUUUCGACUAAAAUUUUAAAAUCUGUUUGGCCAGUGACUGUAUGGACAUUGAAAACCUAUAUAUAGUUCUGGCUGAUUAUGAUGCUCAUACGAUUAUUUCCUUUUGAUACUAACAUUUGAUUAAAGAGUAUUGAGUUUAUCAAUAUUAAAUGUUUAGAUAAUGUUCUCCCUUGUCAUCUUUACCUAUAUUUUACCUUCACUCUGAAUUUCAACAUGCAAAUGCUACUACACUCAGUUUCAUUUAUGAUGUUUAACCGUCUUUUAUUCUUUAUAUUGUACUAAAGGACUGUCCAGUUGUGUAACUUGUGUUUUAUACCGUGAGUAUGCUAUUGUACACUGUCAAAGUAUUGAAAUCUGUUUUGCAAACACACUGCUAGGUUGGUAUAUAGAGAAGGAUGAGUAGUUUUUUUACUCCUAAUGUUGGGAUGUAUGUGAAUAGUACAUGGAUCUUAAUAAGAGCACUAAGCGGAACAAGUUCCAGAUCUUUUUUUAACAAAAUAAGUACCAGAUUGAAAGAAAAGAAAACUGGUCUAAGGAAUUUAUUGAACUUGUUAAGGCUUGUAUUUCACGACCUUACUUGAACAGGAUCUGUUCUAUAGGCUCGUACCUCUGUAUCCUUGAUUUCUAAGGAGGCAGGUGACCAAGUCUGGUGGAUGAACCAUGACUGCACGACCAGAGCGUGAUUAACAGCCCUGUGACCUUGUGUUGGCCAUAUGAGCCGUAGAGGAUCGUUCUUAGCCAGAUUCUGGUUGGGGUGGUCGUGCAGUUGUCUGACAGACCCUUAUUCUUUUUCUCUCUUCCUGCUAUCGUUUUUUCCCCUUUCCAGAGACUGUGACAUUGUUUAUAAUCUUUCGUAAUAAUCAUGUUAGCACAAUUUGCAGAAUAUCAUGGGAGUGAUAUACUUACCAUGAGAAAUUAAUAGAAUUAGGUAGAUUUUGAGCAAAAAUGAUAAAGCUCAGAGCAACAUUUUCUUUUCUGAAUAUGUGUGUUCAGAAAUGGCAGCGGACCCAUCCAACUGCUAUUAAAUUGCGUAAUUCAUCAAUGCUUUGCACCAUGCCAGAAUCGAACCCGGGCCUGUUCCUUGGCAGGUCAGGUAGGACACUAUAUUUCUACUCGCUAUCUACAUGACGAGCAAUAUAUUUUUAUAUAAAUGUUGAUAUUUAGAAGAUAAGACAAUUGACAGAGAAUAUCUUUAUGGAAGAUGGUUCUAUUGUUACUGAAUAUGGGUAUGAGAUCAUAUCUUAACUGCUUGAGAUGCCGUCUAUGAUGACGUAUGCUUUGGCUCAAGUUAGACUUUCAACUAGAAAAUUGACUUCCCAAUUACUGGUUAUAGUUCUGAUGGGGAUAUCAGGGGAUAUUUAGUGAUGUUGCAUGGCCAUCCUGACUCGAGAUUCUGGUCUUUGUAUGCAGUGGACUCUCAAUUCUUUAUUAAGUAGCGAUUUAUUAUUAAAACUCAUACAGUCUAUGAAAUUGUACAUCUGGUCAUAUCUUGAUUGAUAUAUGUGUUGCCUCACCAUAUUCAUCAAACCAUGUUCUCAGAAUAGUAUACUCUUACAAACCAUGAGAUGAUUCUCAUAAGGAAGAAUACUGGUAGAGGAGGCUUUGGAGCCAAAAAAUAAUAACCAUGGACAACAUAAGAAAACAAUAACAGACAGAAAAUAAAGCCAAGAAGCAGCAUGAUCUUUUUGAAAGUGUGUUCAGAUAUAGCAGCGGCAAGUUGUCAAGUCGAUAUCGAGGCCCGUGCAACUGCAAUUUGAUUGUUUGUUUCAUCAGUGUUUGUACCUGCAGGAGAUUGAACCCUGGUCGGCUGCACUUUGUUUAAAAGAAUUUACAACCAGCACGAAUUUCGGCCGGACUAAGCAUUCAGGAAACUACGAAAUUGAGGGAGAAGGUUUUAAUGUCACUGAAAAUGGUUACGAGCUUGAGCUAGUCUCAUUACAAAUUGAAAAUAUAUAUAGCCGCCGACAGACGACUCGAGAUGGAGCCUAACUGCCUUGCCCAUGACCAUAACUACAAUUGAUGGCAAAGCAUUUCUUGAGUAAGGAAUGAGCAAUUGGUUGGUUCCAGUGUUGGCGAAAACUGAAACGGAGGAUUCGAGGGUGAUAUCAUAGAAAGAAAAUGAAAACAGAGGAGUUCAUUCUGAACCCUCAGGAAUCUCUGAAGAAGAAAACAACAGUCUCAAGAAACUGGAUUUUGAUAGAUACGAAUGGGGAAAGCGAGAUUUUGGAGAUGGAUAAGUAUGAUAUCAUGCAGAGAGUUCCGAUUUAUGCUAGAGAUCUUAGAAUUCUCGAGCCCUUGUUGUCUUAUCCUUCUUCAAUUUUAGGCAGAGAGAAAGCGAUUAUUCUCAAUUUGGAGCAUAUAAAAGCAAUCAUCACAACUGAAGAGGUAAUGCUUCAAGAUCCUCUUGAUGAUAAUGUUGUUCCUAUUGUACAAGAACUACGAAGAAGAUUGCCUCUGGGGAAUCUUAUUUCUAAAGGCCAAGGAGAAGACAAAGUGAAUUGGGAAGCUCUAAAUGACUUAGAAACUAGUGAAGACAAUGAAUUCCCAUUUGAAUUGCGGGCUCUAGAAGUGGCACUUGAAGCUAUUUGUAGUUUUCUCGAUGCAAGAACAUUAGAUUUGGAAGUUGUUGCUUACCCAGCUUUAGAAGAACUGACCUUGAAGAUUAGCAGCCGUAAUAUGGAUUGUGUACGUAAACUGAAAAGUUCAAUGACGAGGUUGACUGGCAGGGUUCAGAAGGUAAGGGAUGAACUUCAACAACUCUUGGAUGAUGACAGUGACAUGUCCAAACUAUACUUAUCAAGGAAACUACAUGGUGCCUCUUCACCGGAUAGUGUUAACGGAGUUCACAAUUGGUUGACUGCCUCUCCAACUUCAGGCUCAAGGAAAAGCAGAGCAAGUGCCAUAACCAUACAUGGAGGAAACGACGUUGAAGAACUUGAAAUGUUGCUAGAGGCUUACUUCAUACAACUGGAAGGCACAUUAAACAAACUGACCGCGCUGCGAGAAUACAUUGAUCACACAGAAGAUUACGUUAAUAUUCAGCUAGACCAUCAUCGUAACCAACUGAUUCAGCUGGAGCUCUUUCUGAGUUCUGCGACGGUUGCUUUAUCUAUUUACUCUUUGGUGACUGCGAUAUUUGGCAUGAACAUCCCGUAUACAUGGAAUAGAAACUACGGAUAUCUAUUUAAAUGGGUAGUCAUAAUAACGGGCAUUGUGUGUGCUGCCAUUUUCAUGUCACUAAUUAUCUAUGCACGGCACAAAGGUCUCAUCGGAACUUUGUUUUGGUGUCCCCAGUAAUGAUGUCCAGGGUUCAAUGCACACAAUCAGUUAACUGGUGUUGAUCUGUGUUAAAUGCUUCUAACAGUGAUCAGUAAUUUCUUCUUUUCUACUGCUCAUCUGUGGUGGUGGAAUUUCAUUUGAAAAUAAAUUUUUGUGUAUUCGGUUUGAAUUUUAAGAAAUCAAUUACCAUGCAAAGAUUUUCAAUAAUUUUUCUGAGUCA